AUGCCUGCUGAGGCUGUAUAUUCUUUACUUAUAAAAAAGGAAAAUGCCCAUGAGGAUCCCAUUUACAGUUGUGUGUGGACGCGAGCAAAUAUUUCUGGUGAUCCAAAAGGCCCCAUGAAAGAUUUUAUAGUAACAGGAGGACUGGACAGCCUGGUAAAAGUAUGGCAACUAGAAAACAACAAACUUGAGAUUUUUCAUGUUCUGAAAGGGCACUCUAUGGCUGUUGUGUCUGUUGCAGCGAGCCACGACGGACACACUCUAGCAACUACUUCAUUGGACUCAACUCUAGUCAUAUGGGAUCUGGUGUCCGGUAACAAGGUGCACGAAAUACAAAGUGGCCCAACAGAUAUAUGGGAUGUAGCAUUUUCCCCUGAUGGCACACAAGUUGUCUCUGGUAGCCAUACGGGCAAAGUUAUUGUUUACGGCAUAGAAAAGGGUACAGUGGAUAGAGUGCUAGAUACAAGGGGAAAAUUUGCCGUUUGUGUGGCUUGGAGUAGAGAUGGUGCGUAUAUAUGCAGUGGGGCGGUGGAUGGCACGAUUUGUAUUUUCGAUGUGGCGCAAGGCAAGUUGAUACAUACCGUUGAGGCACACACGCAGACAGUGAGGAGCGUCGCGUUCUCAAGGAAUUCACAUUUACUCGUCACAGCUUCUAACGAUGGCUUUGUGAAGGUUUAUAACGCGGCCAGUGCUAAUCUUUUGAGCUCACUGAACCUAAAGUCGUGGGUUUUGAGCGCCGCCUUCUCGAGUGUCGAUAAUCGGAUCGCGGCCGCCACAGCCGAUGGCUCCGUGCACAUUUUGCUUGAAGAUCUGAAGACAUUGAAAAGCUUCAAAGAGCAUUCCAAUACGGUGUGGAGUGUCCAGUUCAACGCGCCGAGUAACAAGUUGCUAUCUGUUUCCAAAGACAAAAGCAUCAAUAUUUAUGAAUGUCCGAUACCUCCUAAGCCUGCCAAAAAGUGA